AUGAGCAACCGGAAGAAUACGGCAGCCAACCUGCUGUUGAGACAGUACAGGGAACUCACAGAUGCCAAAAAGGCCAUCCCAUCUUUCCACAUCGAGCUGGACGACGACGCAAACAUUUUCCUGUGGAACGUUGGCGUAAUGGUGCUCAACGAGGACUCGAUUUACCACGGAGGCUAUUUCAAAGCCCAGAUGCGGUUUCCAGAAGACUUCCCGUUCUCGCCGCCAACUUUCAGAUUCACGCCCGCAAUAUACCAUCCCAACGUGUACAGAGACGGAAGACUGUGUAUUUCGAUUUUGCACACAAGCGGAGACCCCACAUCGGAAGAACCGGACUCAGAAACGUGGUCACCGGUGCAAACGGUGGAAAGCGUGUUGAUCUCGAUCGUCUCGCUGCUGGAAGACCCAAACAUCUCGUCUCCGGCCAACGUUGACGCUGCCGUGGACUACCGCAAAAAUGUGGAUCAGUACAAGCAACGCGUGAAAUUGGAGGUGGAACGGUCGAAACAAGACAUCCCAGAGGGCUUUGUGAUGCCCUCUUCCCGCACAGCGUACGUGGCCCAGAGACAUGCCGAGCCCGAGGACACCAGAGAUCUGGGCGACAACUUUUGGUACGACAGUGACGAAGAGGACGAUAACGACGACGGUCCCACGGCUGAUAUGUACGGUUAUGGAAACGGCGACGACGACGAUGACGAAGACGAGGAAGACAUCCAGUUCGAGGAAGACGACGACGUGAGCAUCGACAACGACAGCGUGAUGGACCGCACGCAGCCCAGCAAGGCUGAAGACGAGAGCGAAGAGUUGGAAGACGAAAUGAAGCUGGAAAAGUGA